GGAGACCCUCUCCUUUUUCAUGUUGACCUUCGAUUCCAGACCUUAAAGAAUAGCAGCUGACUGGCUAGCACAGAGCCUAAUGGGGGUGGGGUGGGGGAGUGAGAAACAGAGAGCCAGACUGAAGGAUUGAGGCUUUAAGUAGAAUAGGGCUGCUGACUAGAAAGCCCCACAAAGGGGACUGAAUCAGCUGGAGAUUCAGAGCAUUCAUUAGACCUUGCUUCAUCUAGGAGCCAAGAGAAAUCUCUGAACUUUUCUAUUUUUCAAAAAGUUCCUUUCUGCUCCUUAAGCCCUACAUUCCCAUGGCUGGAAGGAUAGGACCCCCUUACCCCCAGGAACAAAGAUGAAGGCUCCUGAAGCCAUCCAUUUUAACCUAUCAACCCACCCACCAUCUGCCCAGUGUCAGGUACAGGGGGAGGGGGAAGUGUGCUAGUGUAGGAAAAUUCUGCUCCCAUACAGAGAAGGUGCAGCCAGAUGGAGCCAAGAAUAUGGGGACCGCUACAGCUGUGCCUCUUCCCUUUCCGAAGGUGCUGAAGGAUGGGGAAUUCCUGAGGAUUGUCCCUGAGAGGGGCUGACUCCCUGGGGAAGUGUGGGAACACCAGCUGACCCUGUCUUGGUCUCCUAAGUCUCACUAGCCCUUCCCAGAAAGAGAUCUUUAGGCUGCUGGACUAGGGUAUCAGCCCAGGAAGAGAAACAGGCAGGCCACCCCUCCCGAGAGAGUCAUUGCAGCCUGAGACCCAAGGGAGCCACGGAGGCAGCCCCAGCCCCACCUACCAUUCCUGAGUGCUAAUCCCCACCUCGGACCACUCUGAAGAGGGGAUUGGCUGAGGAGCUUGGAGGGGGGCGUCACCGCUGUCUUGCCCAAGGAUUAUAUAGAGGCUCAGAAAAGCCGGCAAGAUACUCCAGCGUAUCAUCUUACGCGGGUUCUCUGAACGAGACCAUGACCCAGACCCUCAAGCUAGCCUCAAGAGUAUUCCAUCGCGUCCGCUGUGCUCCCGAGCUAGGUGCCUCAUUGAGUUCCCGAGGGUCCGGUUCAGCGCCCCGGAGCUUGGCGGACAUCCCAGGCCCCUCCACGCCUGGCUUCCUCGCUGAACUUUUCUGCAAGGGGGGUCUGUCGCGGCUACACGAGCUGCAGGUGCAGGGCGCCGAGCGCUUUGGGCCGGUGUGGUUGGCCAGCUUCGGGACGGUGCGCACUGUGUAUGUGGCGGCCCCUACUCUGGUAGAGCAGUUGCUGAGACAGGAAGGUCCCCAACCCGAGCGCUGCCGCUUCUCACCCUGGGCCGAGCACCGUCGCCGACGCCACCUAGCUUGCGGGCUGCUCACUGCGGAAGGCGAAGAAUGGCAGAGGCUCCGCAGCCUCCUGGCCCCGCUCCUCCUCCGCCCUCAAGCGGCCGCUCGCUAUGCCGGGACCCUGAACAACGUGGUCUGUGACCUUGUUCGGCGACUACGACGUCAGCGGGGACGGGGAGCUGGGCCUCCCACUCUGGUUCGGGACGUAGCGGGAGAGUUUUACAAGUUUGGUCUAGAAGGCAUAGCGGCGGUGCUGCUGGGUUCGCGCCUGGGCUGCCUGGAGUCCGAGGUGUCCCCAGACACAGAGACCUUCAUCCGCGCGGUGGGGUCGGUGUUUGUGUCCACGCUAUUGACCAUGGCGAUGCCCAACUGGCUGCACCGCCUCGUGCCCGGACCCUGGGACCGUCUUUGCCGAGACUGGGACCAGAUGUUUGCAUUUGCCCAGCGGCACGUGGAGCAGCGAGAGACUGAGGUAGCCCUCAGCAGUCAGGCAAAGCCUGAGGCGGACAUGGGAUCUGGAGCUCACCUGACCUACUUCUUGUUGCGGAAAGAGUUGCCUGCGCCAUCCAUCCUGGGGAACGUGACAGAGCUGCUACUGGCUGGAGUGGACACAGUGUCCAACACACUCUCCUGGGCUCUAUAUGAACUCUCUCGGCACCCAGAAGUCCAGACAGCGCUCCACUCUGAGAUCACAGCUGCCCUGGGCCCUGGCUCUGAUGCCCACCCCCUAGCCACUGCUCUGUCCCAGCUGCCCCUGCUGAAGGCUGUGGUCAAGGAAGUGCUGAGACUGUACCCUGUGGUACCUGGAAAUUCCCGUGUCCCAGACAAAGACAUUCAUGUGGGAGACUAUAUUAUCCCCAAAAAUACGCUGGUUACACUUUGUCAUUAUGCUACUUCAAGGGACCCUGCCCAGUUCCCAGAGCCAAAUUCUUUUCAUCCAGCACGCUGGCUCGGGGAGGGCCCAGCCCCCCACCCAUUUGCAUCUCUUCCCUUCGGGUUUGGCAAGCGCAGCUGCAUGGGGAGACGCUUGGCAGAGCUGGAGCUGCAAAUGGCUUUGGCCCAGAUCUUGAUCCACUUUGAGGUGCAACCUGAGCCAGGUGCUGCCCCAAUCAGACCCAUGACCCGGACUGUCCUGGUACCUGAGAAGAGCAUCAAUCUACAGUUUGUGGACAGAUAGUCCCAUGGAAGGAGACAGUCAUCAUCACCCUUUCUCUCAUCAUAGGAGCUUGUUAGGCAUAGGACCAAGAAAUGGAUAUUCCUUUCCCCUGAGGGCUGUCUAUCUGACCGAAGUGGUUAGAAUGACAAUAGCAAAAUGCUUGAGGUAGCCCUAAGGUGGAAGUAUGCCCUUGACACCAAGAACACCUAUUCGGCCCUUCUCCUGAUCAUAUCAUAUGCAGCCUUUAAGGACCAACUCAGAUUUUAACUAAUAAUGCUGGGUGGUCAAGGCAAGAUUCAACCACUGCCCCUUUGGGGCUUCCACAGUGCUCACUGGUGCUGUUGGCCAAGCAGUGGUGCAUCGGGGCUGUACCUGGUUGGUUCCCCUGCAUGUAAGCUCUCUGAAAGGAAGGAUGAGGCUUUAUUUGACCUUUAUGUCCUGUCAAGGCCUACCCCUGACUGGAUGACACACUAUAGAGUCUCAUAUUGAGUCUGGACCCUGUGGCAAAAGGGGUAAGCAGCUUACCAGACCUUCUUUAACCCUCUCCUUCCUUAUCUUGCCCCUGGGAAGGUGAGUCUGCCCUUGCCUGGCUUAUGAUAUUUUUUAAACUCUCCUUGGCUCUCUGGUUGCUGUUAUGUUGGCUUGCAUACUAUUUGGUUCCCAAGCAGAGACAUCUUUGGACCUGUCUUUCCACAAGCCUUCUAUUUAUAUAUUGAAAUUUUUUAAUAUUCAGUUUUAAAAUAAAAGAAUAAAAUGUUCCAUCCUUGACUUUUUGACUUCUCUUCCAUUCUUACUUCCCACAAGCCCUGGAGGUAAGACUCUCACUUUGGUUUCUCCUCCACUUUCUCAGGUCCUAGGAGUAACCCCCAUAACAAUGGGAGGUCUAGGUACUAGCAGAGUGGUUUAUAUCACAAACCCAGACACGUUUCUUCUGUCUGCACUGGGAACAGCCAAGUCUGGCUCCCUGUAAGAGAUUAAGGGGGUGGGGGUGAAAAGCAACAGCAAGGUUGAGGCAGUGAAAAUGGGGUGGAGAGCUAGGGAUUUGCAGAGGUGGCCAGAGGGGCUGACUCUGGUAGAAAUACUUUUGGAACCUGGACUGCCAGGACCAAAGGACAUCCUAGGAUGGCCACUCUGCCCUUUCUUGAAAAGUGGCUCCAGGGUAAUUCCCUUUAGAGAAAGACAGGGAUAUAAGUAGAGAAGUGAAGUCAGAUGGGAUGAAAGCCGAAUGUGGGGGUGGCCAGAAGCCCUGGGGCACAAAGGCAGGAGAAGGGGAUGGGCAGAGGGAACCUAUUUCCGAGUCAGCACUCUCUGCCCCACUCCACCCCAAAGACUGGGCACAGUUCUCCCCCUGUGGUGUGUACAGAUUAACUCAUCUUCCAUAUAAAUCAAUCUCUCAGCACCUUCCCCGCAGCCCCUCUGUAACCUAGAUUACCCUCCCCAUGUCAGGGCUUGCCCUCCUUCCUCCUGCUCACCUCCAUUCCAAUUAGCUGAAUGUAGAUAGAGAUUUCACUUCACACUUCCUCCUCCUUCCCACCACCUCAACCCCCUUCUCUAGACAUGGCACCCUAACCAAAGACACUGUUAGCCACCAGGCCCUCUGACGUACCUGUGUUAAGACCUACAGCAGGGCAGGGUAUACCCAAGAUCCUGUGCAGCCCAAGGUUUGGGUGCCCUCCUCUCAACUCCUCUACUGUAUUCUCAGUCUCCAAUUCCACUUUCCCAUCACUAAGCUCAGCUUCAACCUACACGCCCUGAUUUUUAGCAGAUUUGAGCUUUGAGAGAGAAUAAAGCCCAGCUUCCUCUAAAACCCUUUCCUCUACAAUCAGUGAUGAGGAUUCUGCACACCCAUACUUCUCACUGGGCAAUGGAAUUGCUCACUUGAGGGCAGUGGUUCUCAUGACCCUUUUAUAGAUGAGAAUCUCAACCUGGAAAAAGGGAAGGAGAAGGGAUCAUACUGAUUGCUAAUCCCAGCCCCCAUACUAAGAUGUCCAAUGGUGCUGUAAGGGAAGGGACUGUACUGUCUCACUCAUCCUGAUUUUAUGAUGAGUAGAAAUGGAGACAGGGUGUUUGUGUGUGUGUGUGCCUAUGUUUUUGGGGUAUGUCUAAGCUUCCAUAAGGGGACAUCAUGGGGCACCCCCAGGCUUGGCACAGGAAACCCCACCCAUGUCAUACCUACCUGAACCCUAUCUAUAGGAAUGGUACUAGUAGUCACUCUGAUUUGCUAUCUCCUGGUACCUACCAGCUAUUCUGUGCAUAGCAAAUUGUACAGUCUGGCCCUUCUAUCUUCCCAGGUGGCGAAUAUGGAGCGUAGGGGCUCAGCCCCAGUCUCCUUGCCACGUUGAUCCUCUCAGAGGUUAG